AUGUUUUUGCGGGUGUUACUUCUUCUUCUCGGCCUACAGGCCGCUAGCGCUAGUUUCUCUCCAAUUGCUCAUGCAAAAGGAAAUGGUCAGGGUUAUCGGGUAGUAGCAGCUAACAAGUUUAAGGCAAAAGCCAUCUGCUUCGCGCUCCGGGUGAUUCCGGCCUCCAACCGCACCUGGCUGCCGUUGUACCACCGCCAUGGCCCGUGCUCGCCGCCCCCCUCCGGCCAGAGAACACCUUAUUCCACGGCUUCCAUUCUCCGCCGGGACCAAGUCCGUGCCGACGCCAUCCAACGGAGGCUCUCCAGGAAGGGUCCAUCCGGCGUCUCAACCGCACUAGGCACUGCUUUGGGGUUGGGGACGUUGGAGUACGUGAUCGCCGUGGGGCUAGGCACGCCGUCGGUCAGGCAGACAGUCCUCAUCGACACCGGGAGCGACCUCUCGUGGGUGCAGUGCCGUCCAUGCUCAUUGCCGCCGUGCCACCGCCAGAGGGACGCCGUGUUCGACCCCAGCAAGUCGUCUACCUACUCCCCGUUCCGCUGUGGUUCUCCUGCCUGCGCGCGGCUCGAUGCUGACAACACCACCAAUGGCUGCUCUGGCUCCAACACCAACAGGUGCGGCUACGUUGUCAAGUACGGCGAUGGCUCCAACACUACGGGGACGUACAGCUCCGACACGCUCAGGCUCACCCCCUCCGACGUUGUAGUCAACUUCCGGUUUGGCUGCAGCCACGAUAUAACGGGCUUCGCCGACACCGAUCUAACUGACGGCCUACUCGGGCUCGGCGGCGAUGCGCAGUCGCUCGUGUCGCAGGCCGGCAAAAGGGCCUUCUCCUACUGCCUCCCGCCGACGGCAAGCCACACCGGGUUCUUCACGCUCGGCGUGCCGCGCGUCUCCGCCUCCAGGUUCGCGGUCACACCCUUGUACAGGGCCGCCCAGUCCGCCACAUUCUACCUCGUGAAGCUCCAGGCCAUCACCGUGGCCGGGAGGCGCCUCGACGUGCCCCCCUCGGUUUUCUCCGCGGGCGCGAUCAUGGACUCCGGCACGAUCAUCACCCGGCUACCGCCUGCGGCCUACCGCCAGCUGCGGGCGGCGUUCAGGGCCGAGAUGAUCAAUAUGUACCCACCCGCACCCCCAGCAGGUAUCCUGGACACAUGCUUCAACCUCACAAGUGUCCGCCAUCUCAGGGUGCCCCGCGUUGCUCUCGUCUUCGACCGAGGCGUGGCCGUCGAACUCCACCCCACGGGGAUUAUUCAGGAUGGCUGCCUUGCGUUCGCCUCCAACCAUGCACGCCGCUCGCCUGGGAUCAUUGGCAACGUGCAGCAGAGGACACUCGAGGUGCUCUACGAUGUCGCCGGCGGGGCAGUCGGAUUCCGGCGUGGCGCCUGCUAA